UGUCAAUCAAGGCGGGCGGGAAGCUCGAGCGUUGGUUCCGGAUUCAGACGGAGCGAGCGAGUGGAUUUGUAGAUUCCACAGAAGAAUCCUUUCCUUUUAAAUGACCAUCAAAACUGGAUUUUGAGUUUUAUGGCGUGAUGGCCAAAGGAACUUCCAUUCCAGCUUCCAGCUUUGGCCUUGAAUACUGGUUGAAUAAGGCUGUUGAGUGGGGCCAGACCACCACUUUUCAAUCGCAGCAAGAUGUCUGCCUACACCUGCCUAAAUUACAGGAGUUCUUAAAGCAGAUUUAUGGAGCCAUACAGCAUAUGAGCACAACACCAGCAUUAAAGUCAUUCCCACUAAUUGGUCAGUUAUUGGGCAGAUUGUGUUGGAAUCCAUUUGUUGUAGCAGAUGAGACCAGCCAACAGUACCUAUUACAGUGUCUGUGGUGUUUAUACAGUGCAGAACCUGAGAAUGCUGUGGAACUGAAGGCCAAUGAGUGGAUACAGAGCUUACUGCAGAAUUUGACUGGAGUUGAUCAAGAAAUGAGAAGUCUUAUUCAGAAUUUACAUUACCCAGAGGAGGAAUACCAUUCUCAAUUGUUGAAAAAUAUGGCCUCCACUUUAGUUAAGGAACUUCAAGGCAAUCAAUGUGACAGAAAUUCCUUGUAUAAAAGACUCCCACAGGAACAACUGAGGAGUUUUUCUGUCCUCUGCUCACCGAUUGUUACUUUAGUUGAAGUUUUUCCCUUGGUGGAAGCUCUUCUGACUUGUCGUGAAGAUGAUUUGGAUGAAACUCUUUGCACAGAAUUUCUAGAGUCUGUCAGUACUGGCAUUUUGCAGAAAAAGAUUUCCUUGUCUGACAAUGCAGUUAUGAGCUUGUGGCUACGUUACCUCCCAAGUCUAGAACAAGCUAUAUUCCAUCUUGUUAAAACUUUGAUUUCUCAUUCCUGGGCAUCUUUGCCGCAAGUUGAAGUUAUUAUCACUGAUUCGUUACUGCCUAAAGCAGCAGCCUGUCAUCCUUCGUUGUUUAGAGUACUUGAUAAUUUCUUCAGGACCAUUCUGCUAGAAUCUGAUGGACACCCUAAGAUUAUUGCAGUUAUACAAGCAUUUACACGGUGUUUUGUUCAAGCCCUGCUACAGGUACAACCACAGAUUCCACUGAAGCUGUACUUUCCAGCUGUUAACCAAUCUCUUGUGAUGAUGCUACUUGUGCCUCCAUCAGAUAUGCCAUCAGCUGCCUGGUCUCAGCACCUAAUAAGUAUUAUUCAAAUUUUGAAGAUGAAUAAAGAAGUCAGACGAACUUCUGCUAAUGUAUUUGAGAACUGGUUUUUACUGGUUCACUUUGGAGACUGGAUCAAUGUUGCUCUACAGCAGUUGAUGAUGACAGAUGCCAUCUCAGAGAUGCUGCUUUGGCUUUUGCUGUUCUACUACAAGCCACAUAUGGAAACCAAACAAGAGAGUGAUUUAAUGGAAAAUGUGAAAUCUGUGUACAAUCAAAUAAAGAUUUUAAUCAACAAGACAACUGUGAAUUUCAAGGAAGUGCAGACUGCAUUGGUCACUGGGAAUCUUUCCACAGAAAAAUGUCACUUCAAUGACCUGAUCGGUCACCUCUUUCUGAGCUUUUUGUUAUUUUCACCUGGUGGCCAGAGAAUAGCAAAGGAAUCUGUGCAACUUUUCACAUCAAUUGGAACUGCCACUGGUGGAAUUUCAGAAAUGCUGGCUGCUACUGCACACAGACUAAAGAACAAAAGGUGUGGAGCAUCACAAGAUGACAAGGUGCAGAGCACUAUUGAACUCCUGCAGCAACAGUUACAUGAAAUUCAGUCUGAGAAUAUGUGCUAUAUUUAUUGAAUUUAGUUAGUUUCCAGUUUGAUAUGUUUGUUCAGAUUUUCAACCAACUAUAUGUAUUAAUAUACAACUUUAUUGUAUCACUUUGAAAAACUUCUGGGCUAAAUUGAUCAUAAACAUUAUGUUGGUCUUGUUCUAAUCAAGAAACGCACUCCUAAAUCUGGUAGAGUUUGAUUUUGUGUAAAGCUAGGAACAGCACUAUGUUCUUGCACAAAACAAAAAUCUAAAAUGUUUGUAUGGAAUGAAAUGUAACAAAUAGAAAACUUUGUAUCAGUGGAAGAUUUUAUUUCUUGACUGAAGCUCUUUUGGUGUUUUUCGUGCAAUUGAAUGCAAGAUGUAUUAACAAUUUUGUUUUUACAAUGCAGUAACGUACAAGAGAGCUCUUGAAACUCUGCUUCUUUAAAAGGAGACAUCUGCUUUCACAUUCCUAGUGUCUGACACAGCCUGGCUUGAAUAAACUGCAGAUAUUUUUAC